GUUUACAAGAAUAAAAACGGUUUCACUACACGCCUUCCUUGCUGCGUGUUGUAGAAGUCAUCGCCACAUACAGAACAGAAAUGCAAUCCUAAAAGCAGGCUGCAGAGGGCGAGAGUGCGUAUCGGAACCUUUUCGUUGGAGAGAUUUCGCAGGAGGGACCGGAAGAGUGUUGGGUUCCCUUGUCGCGAUGUGGGGAGUCCGCAGGCUGAGCUCCUCCGGAGGUCGUUUCGUAGGGGUGCGUGGGCCCGAGUGCCGGGGCGCACUAGCCGAGCGCCCUCGCUCAGCCUCGUCGGCGGUGUAUUCAGAGAAUCAGCCCAGUUGGACUCUGCAAACUAAACCAUGGAUUUCCAACGAAUACAAAACCAUGUGGUUCAGAUCCCAUAGAAUGACCUUCUCCUAUCUGAAUAGGAUGAAAAGUUGCAGGUAUCUUUGGACGAGACUAUACAGUACUUCACAAACUACUGUUGACAGCAGUGAGGUUAAAACCUUCCAGGCCCUGGCCCAGAAGUGGUGGGAUGAGGAAGGAAUAUAUGCACCUCUUCAUUCUAUGAAUGACCUGAGGGUGCCAUUUAUAAGAGACAAUCUUUUGAAAGCAGUUGCUAAUCACCAGCCAGGAAAACCUUUGUCUGGGAUGAAGAUUCUCGAUGUUGGCUGCGGUGGUGGAUUGUUAACUGAACCUCUAGGGCGGCUAGGGGCUUCAGUUACUGGAAUCGAUCCUGUGGAUAAGAACAUUAAAAUAGCGCGCUGCCAUAAAUCAUUUGAUCCAGUCCUGGACAAGAGGAUAGAAUACAGAGCCUGUUCCCUUGAAGAGAUUGUGGAAGAGACUACAGAAACGUUUGAUGCCGUUGUGGCUUCCGAAGUUGUUGAACACGUGAUUGAAUUAGAAACGUUUAUACAGUGCUGCUGUCAGGUCUUGAAACCCAGUGGUUCUUUAUUCAUUACUACAAUCAACAAAACACAACUAUCCUAUGCCUUGGAAAUUGUUUUUGCAGAGCAAAUUGCAGGUCUUGUACCAAGAGGUACUCAUACAUGGGAGAAGUUUGUGUCACCGGAAAAGCUAGAGAGCAUUCUGGAAUCAACCCCUUCUUGGGUUACUGGCAUUGGAGUGAAAAUACCAGCCUUAAUUAUGCAGUUCAUGCUGUGAAAUCCAUGGUACAGGAACAUCCAGCACCUGCUGGGUUUGUUGUAAAGGAGGAAAUGGAAGAGUUUCCAGCUAAUACCGCCACCAGCCCAGGUGUGCAGGAAGAGCUGAAGACAUGAAGCAUUUUUGAGGACUGUAGUGACUUAAAGUCAGAUGUUUACAAAUACAGAAAAUAUGUAGUUUAUCUUUUGAGAAAGAAUUAUGAGGAAAAUAAGAUAAAAUAAAAUAAAAUAAAAUGUUCUAAAACCUUGGACAAAAGUGUUCAUUAUUUUAUCUAAUAGUUACUUUCAAGAGAUUAUUUUAUGUAUAUAAAAUUUUGUCAAGGUAUUGUGUUAUCUAGGGGUUUGGGUUCCUUAGCCUUUAUUAUAUAAGCAGUGUAUACAUAUUUCAUUUCAUCUUACAGAUUAUUUAUGUAUAUUUUCCCCAUGUGUGUAGACAUACAUGUAUGCAAUAAUUU